AUGAUUGUGGGUCUCUGGAUUGGCCUUCUUUAUGGGGCAGCUGCUUCCACAAUUCCUGCUGGGCUCGCUCAAAGCUCUAUUCUGCUAGCUGUUCCUGCCUCCAUUCCUGAAUCGUACUUGGAUUCGCUCUAUGGCGGUUUGCUCAAUGGACCUGAUGAAACCAGCUAUGUUUUCAACUCCAUUUCAAAUCAUCAAAUCUCAAUCCACCAAAGUUCAAUUGUGGACAACGACCCUAACGAUAUCAACAAGUUUGUCAGACUAAACAAGAUCAACUAUCCCAGUGACGAUGAUACCUCAGACUUGGCCUCUCCAGGCCCUCUAUACAGUGGCAUUGUAACUUGGGGAAACCAGCCUUACUACAACUGUUUUAAUGCAUCUAAUUUACAUAACAAUGAUCCCAAGGAACAAAUUCAGUUUGAUGUUGCCAUAGUCGGUGCUCCUUUUGAUACUGGAGUUUCCUUCAGACCUGGUGCAAGAUUUGGUCCAAAUGGCAUCAGAGAUGGCAGUAAAAGAAUUAGUUUUGACGGCAAAAUUCCAGUUAGAAAUUAUAAUCACAACCAUCAUAACAAUAACAAUGACAAUAACGAUUUCAAUCAUAUAAACCCCUAUAAAGCCUUAAAAAUAGUCGACUGUGGUGACGUCCCCAUGACUCCCUUUGAUAAUAGAAUUGCUUUAAACCAAUUGUACAGAGGUCAAAGAAUUGUUCAUAAAUACAAUUCUUUCAACAAAACUCUAUCCUCUCAUCCAAGAAUCAUCACUCUAGGUGGUGAUCAUACAGUAACCUUGAUGACUCUAAAAUCUGCCUACGAGACCUUUGGAAAACUAUCUCUCAUCCAUUUCGAUAGCCAUUUAGAUACUUGGGACCCAAAAUAUCUCGGAGGUGGAAAAUCAAAAUAUUCUUCAAUAAACCAUGGAACUUUUCUUCAUUACGCUGCUGAAAAGGGCUACAUCAAUAAAAACUCAUCUCUACAUGUUGGAAUACGAGCUCCACUCAUCAAUGAUGAACAUGAUUUGGAAAAUGAUAGAAUCUGUGGCUUUCAAAUCAUCAAUGCAAGAGAAAUAGAUUACAUUGGAAUCCACGGAAUCAUUCAUGCAAUCAAAAAAACAAUCCCUUUCCACAACAAAACACCAGUCUAUAUCACUUUCGACAUCGAUGUUCUUGAUCCAGCUUAUGCUCCAGGCACUGGAACUUCAGAACCAGGGGGGUUCACAACAAGAGAAAUCUUGAGCAUCAUCGAUGGUCUUGUAGGUAUCAACUUGGUUGGUGCUGAUGUAGUUGAGGUCAGCCCGAUAUACGAUUCAGCUGGCCAAAUUACGGUUCUAGCAGCUGCCCAGAUCAUCGAUUCCUUCCUAGGUCUCAUGAGCAUUGCCCUUUAA